UUUUAAUACAUACUUCUGCCCGCGCCCUCGUUUCUGGGCCCCCGUCUGCUCCCACUUUCCCAUAUACCCGCCGCGAUACCCUGCGCGCCUUCCCCGCCCCUACCUUUCUCCUACCUGCGCUCUUUGUUGCUGCUGCAACUCAUCAAUAAACUUUUUGGAUGCGCAGGCACUGAGGCCCCCAGCGCUGCCCGACGGCCCAUAGCACGCUUCCCACUACUAAUAUAUCUGCUCCGGCGACUCCCACCGGCAGCUUCUGGAAUCUCGCGCGCCCCAGAGUGCAAUUGGUGCUUAUUGCGGUCAGCCAUCGUCAUUCUGGCACACCCGAACCGCAGGAUACGCCGCCCAGAGCGCCCUUGUUAGAAAAUUCACCGCCGCCCGCCCGCCCUCUCUCCUCCACCACACUCCGUGCAUGGGACUUCCGACAGACAGAAUGGCCGGAGCUUCCAAGAACGGCGCCAAUGGCACGGCCAACGGCGCCCCGAGCUCGUGGGCCGCGAAGCACAACCUGGCGCCGCACUUCAUCGGCGGCAACCAUCUUAACACAGCAGCGCCGGGCAAGGUGAAGGAUUUUGUGGCCGCCCACGAUGGCCACACCGUCAUCACAAGUGUGCUCAUCGCGAACAACGGUAUUGCAGCGGUCAAAGAGAUCCGCUCGGUGCGGAAAUGGGCAUACGAGACGUUUGGCGACGAGCGGGCGAUCCAGUUCACCGUCAUGGCCACGCCCGAGGAUCUCCAGGCGAACGCUGAGUACAUCCGCAUGGCGGACCAGUAUGUUGAGGUGCCCGGAGGUACCAACAACAACAACUACGCCAAUGUCGAGCUCAUUGUCGAUGUUGCGGAGCGUAUGAACGUCCACGCCGUGUGGGCAGGAUGGGGCCACGCCUCCGAGAACCCCAAACUGCCCGAAUCGCUCGCCGCCUCGCCGAAGAAGAUCGUCUUCAUCGGUCCCCCGGGGUCCGCUAUGCGCUCGCUUGGUGACAAGAUUUCCUCCACAAUCGUCGCACAGCACGCAAAGGUGCCCUGCAUCCCGUGGUCGGGAGAGGGCGUCGACCAGGUCAAGGUCGACAACAAUGGCAUCGUGACCGUCGAGGACCACAUCUACGACAAGGGCUGCACAAAGUCGCCUGAAGAGGGUCUUGAGGUGGCCAAGAAGAUCGGCUUCCCGGUCAUGGUGAAGGCAUCCGAGGGUGGUGGCGGCAAGGGUAUCCGAAAGGUCGACCGCGAGGAAGACUUCGUGCAGCUGUACAAGGCGGCUGCGUCGGAAAUUCCUGGCUCGCCCAUCUUCAUCAUGAAGCUGGCCGGAAGCGCACGACAUUUGGAGGUGCAGCUGCUCGCUGACCAGUACGGCAACAACAUCUCUCUCUUCGGUCGUGACUGUUCCGUGCAGCGACGACACCAGAAGAUUAUCGAGGAGGCGCCCGUAACGGUCGCUACGCCGAAGACGUUCCACGAGAUGGAGAAGGCUGCCGUCUCGCUCGGCAGGCUCGUCGGCUACGUAUCUGCCGGUACGGUUGAGUACCUCUACUCGCACGCCGACGACAAGUUCUACUUCCUGGAACUGAACCCCCGUCUCCAGGUCGAGCACCCUACCACUGAGAUGGUGACCGGUGUCAACCUGCCAGCUGCUCAGCUCCAGAUCGCCAUGGGUCUCCCGCUGCACAGAAUCCGAGAUAUUCGGUUGCUGUAUGGCGCUGAUCCUCACACUGCCACUCAAAUCGAUUUCGACUUCUCCAAGGAGGGCAGCGCACAGAACCAGCGACGGCCAACUCCUAAGGGCCACUGCACGGCCUGCCGUAUCACCUCGGAAGAUCCGGAUGAGGGCUUUAAGCCCUCUGGCGGUACUAUGCACGAUCUGAACUUCAGGAGUAGCUCCAACGUCUGGGGUUACUUCUCCGUCGGUACCGCUGGUGGUAUCCACAGCUUUUCCGACUCGCAGUUCGGCCACAUUUUCGCGUACGGCGAGAAUCGACAAGCAUCACGGAAACACAUGGUUGUCGCGCUCAAGGAAUUGAGCAUCCGCGGUGACUUCCGAACGACGGUCGAAUACCUCAUCAAGCUGCUUGAAACGCCCGCUUUCGAGGACAACACCAUCACCACCGGCUGGCUAGACGAGCUCAUCUCGAAGAAGCUGACUGCUGAGCGCCCUGACCCCAUGAUCGCUGUCAUUUGCGGCGCCGUCACCAAGGCUCAUGUCGCAAGCGAGGCUUGUAUCAGCGAGUACAAGACCAGCUUGGAGAAGGGUCAGGUGCCUUCCAAAGAUGUGCUCAAGACCGUUUUCCCCAUCGACUUCAUCUACGAAGGCUACCGCUACAAGUUUACAGCGACGAGGUCGAGCGUUGACAGCUUCACCCUCUUCAUCAACGGCUCAAAGUGCUCUGUUGGCGUUAGGGCGCUUGCUGACGGCGGUCUUUUGAUUUUGCUGAGCGGUAAAUCUCACAACGUUUACUGGAAGGAGGAGGUGGGCGCGACUCGUCUCUCCGUCGACGGCAAGACCUGCCUCCUGGAGCAGGAGAAUGACCCCACCCAGCUCAGGACGCCCUCCCCCGGUAAACUCGUCAAGUUCACCGUAGAGAACGGCGACCACAUCAAAAAGGGCCAGGCUUUCGCCGAAGUCGAGGUCAUGAAGAUGUACAUGCCCCUGAUCGCGCAGGAAGACGGUGUUGUCAACCUCAUCAAGCAGCCGGGAGCCACUCUUGAAGCUGGUGACAUUCUUGGUAUACUCGCUCUGGAUGACCCCACCAAGGUCAAGUCCGCCCAGCCCUUCUUGGGCCUCCUUCCCGACCUUGGCCCGCCACAGGUCAUGGGCAAUAAGCCUCCCCAGAGGUUUGCUUACCUCCUCAAUAUUCUCCAGCACAUUCUCCAGGGUUUUGACAACCAGGUCAUCAUGCAGAGCACGCUCAAGGAGCUCGUGGAGGUUCUUCGUGAUUCUGAGCUUCCGUAUGGAGAGUGGAAUGCGCAAGCAUCUGCUCUGCACGCUCGUAUGCCGCAGAAACUGGACACCACCCUCUCCCAAGUCGUCGACCGUGCGCACAGCCGCAACCUGGAAUUCCCUGCUAAACAGCUCAACAAGGCCUUCCAGCGAUUCCUGGACGAGAACGUUGCAAAAACCGACGCUGAGAUCUUGAAGGCGUCGCUGGCGCCACUCACAGACGUCAUCUCCCGUUACUCAGAGGGUCUCAAGGCGCACGAAUAUGGCGUCAUGAUCAAGCUCUUGGAGAUGUAUUGGAGCGUGGAGAAUCUCUUCUCUAACCGGGCUGGCCGAGACGAGGAAGUGGUUCUCAAGCUUCGUGACGAGAACCGAGACAACAUCACCAGCGUUGUCCACCAAGUCCUCUCGCAUGCCAGGGUCAACUCCAAGAACAACCUCAUCAUUUCCAUCCUUGACCUCUACCGCCCCAACAAGCCCGGAGCUGGCAACGUUGCCAAGUACUUCAAGGGCGCUCUCAAGAAGAUCACUGAGCUGGAGUCGAGGCAGACUGCCAAGGUCUCCCUCAAGGCACGUGAGGUGCUGAUCCAGUGCGCCAUGCCCUCUCUUGAGGAGCGCACGUCCCAGAUGGAACACAUCCUUCGCUCCGCUGUCGUUGAGUCGCGAUAUGGCGAAAGCGGAUGGGACCACCGUGAGCCCAACUUUGACGUCAUCAAAGAAGUUGUUGACUCUAGAUACACCGUGUUCGACGUUCUGCCGCAGUUCUUCGUCCACCAAGAUCCGUGGGUUGCUCUUGCUGCCUUGGAAGUGUACACUCGUCGCGCAUACCGUGCCUACCAGCUCAAGGAUAUCGAAUACCACACGGAUGCAGACCAACCUUAUAUCCUUUCUUGGGACUUCAUCCUCCGCAAGGUUGGCGAGCAGGAGUUCGGCCUGCCUGUAGAGUCCUCGCAGCCUUCUACACCAGGAACUCCCGGCUUUGAACGCCCGCCGCGCAUCCACUCCAUCAGCGACAUGUCCUACCUCAACUCCAGGGUCGAGGGAGAACCCACCAGGAAGGGUGUCGUCGUGCCGGUAGAGUAUCUAGAUGAUGCUGAUGAGUCUCUUGGCAAGGCCUUGGAGAUCUUCCCUAUGGUGGGCACCGCGAAGAAGGGUGGCAUCAGCCUAAGGGAUGGUUUGACCAUGAAGCGCACUCCUACGAGUGGCAACGGCCUCAACAUCCAGAGCUCAGAUGAGCUCACUGGUGUGCUGAACGUUGCCGUCCGCGAUGUUGAGAGCUUCGACGACUCCGAGAUUCUUGAGCGCAUCCUUCCUAUCGUCAAGGAUUACAAGGACGAGCUUUAUGCACGCCGCAUCCGCCGUUUGACUUUCAUCUGUGGCCACAAGGACGGAACCUACCCCGGCUAUUACACCUUCCGCGGUCCUACCUAUGUCGAGGACGACAGCAUCCGUCACGUUGAGCCUGCUCUUGCCUUCCAGCUUGAACUUGGGCGUCUGUCGAAGUUCAACAUCAAGCCGGUUUUCACUGAAAAUCGGAAUAUCCACAUUUACGAAGCUGUCGGCAAGGGCGCUGAGAGCGACAAGCGCUACUUCCUGAGAGCAGUCGUCCGAUCUGGGCGUCUGCGGGAGGACAUUCCUACUGCGGAAUACAUGGUUUCUGAGACCGACAGGUUGAUGACCGACAUUCUGGAUGCUUUGGAGAUUGUUGGCACCUCCCAGGCUGACAUGAACCACAUCUUCAUCAACUUCUCCCACGUCUUCCCUCUCUCACCGUCAGAAGUCGAAGAGGCUAUCGGCGGCUUCUUGGACCGCUUCGGUCGACGACUCUGGCGUCUCCGCGUUACUGGUGCUGAGAUUCGCAUCAUCGUCACCGACCCGGCUACCGGCAUGCCUUAUCCUCUGCGCGUUAUCAUCACCAACACUUCCGGAUAUGUCAUCAACGUUGAGAUGUAUGCGGAGCGGAAGUCUGAGAAGGCCAGCAAGUGGGUCUUCCACAGCAUCGGUGGCACCACCAAGAUUGGCUCUCUUCACCUGCAGCCAGUCUCGACUCCCUACCCGACCAAGGGUGCCCUGCAGCCGAAGAGGUACAAGGCUCACCUUAUGGGUACUCAAUACGUGUAUGACUUCCCCGAGCUUUUCCGCCAGGCUACCGAGAACAGCUGGCAUGCGGCUGUGGCCAAGCACCCGUACCUCCGAGAGAAGCAGCCGCCCAAGGGAGAGUGCAUUGAGUACUACGAGUUGGUCCUUGAUGACAACGACAACCUGGCUGAGGUCAACCGUGACCCUGGAUCGAACAUCAUCGGCAUGGUUGGUUGGAUCGUUACUGCGAAGACUCCUGAGUAUCCUCGCGGCCGCCGCUUCAUCAUCAUCGCCAACGACAUCACCUACAAGAUUGGUAGCUUCGGACCCCAGGAAGACAACUUCUUCCACAAAUGCUCGGAGCUUGCUCGCAAGCUUGGCAUUCCCCGAAUCUAUCUGUCUGCUAACUCUGGCGCUCGCAUUGGUCUUGCUGAGGAACUCAUCCCUCACUUCUCUGUCGCCUGGAAAGAUCCUGCGAAGCCGGACGCUGGUUUCGACUAUCUCUACCUGACUCCUGAGAAGUACAAGCACUUUGUCGACGGCAAGCGCCAGGACGUCAUCUGCGAGAAGGUCAAGGCUGAUGGCGAAGAGCGCUACAAGGUCAUCACUGUCAUCGGUGCUGAGGACGGUCUUGGUGUUGAGUCUCUCCGCGGCUCUGGUUUGAUUGCCGGUGAGACAUCAAGGGCUUACGAGGACAUUUUCACCAUCACGUUGGUCACUUGCCGAUCAGUUGGUAUCGGUGCCUACCUCGUCCGCCUCGGCCAGCGUGCCAUCCAGAUCGAGGGCCAGCCGAUCAUCCUCACAGGUGCCCAGGCUAUCAACAAGCUGCUGGGUCGCGAAGUCUACACAUCCAACCUGCAGCUAGGCGGCACCCAGAUCAUGUACAGGAAUGGUGUCUCCCACAUGACUGCCGACGACGACUUUGAGGGUGUCUCUAAGAUCGUCAAGUGGAUGGCCUACGUGCCUGACAAGAAGGGCAACCCAGUGCCCGUCUCCCCGACCGCCGAUGAGUGGGACCGCGACAUCACCUUCUAUCCUCCUGGCAAGUCCGCCUACGACGUCCGGCACCUCAUCGCUGGUAAGGAGGACGAAGAUGGCUUCCAGUCUGGUCUCUUUGACCGAGGCUCCUUCGAGGAGGCCCUUGGUGGCUGGGCGAAGACUGUCGUCGUAGGCCGUGCUCGUCUUGGUGGCAUUCCUGUUGGCGUCAUUGGAGUUGAAGUCCGCUCGGUCGAGAACGUCACGCCUGCUGAUCCCGCCAACCCCGACUCCAUUGAACAGGUCACGUCGGAGGCCGGCGGGGUGUGGUACCCGAACUCCGCCUUCAAGACUGCUCAGGCCAUCAAGGAUUUCAACAACGGCGAGCAACUGCCGCUGAUGAUCCUUGCCAACUGGCGUGGUUUCUCCGGUGGUCAGCGCGACAUGUACAACGAGGUUCUCAAGUACGGUUCCUACAUUGUCGAUGCUCUGGUCAAAUACGAGCAGCCCAUCUUCGUCUACAUUCCUCCGCUCGGCGAGCUCCGUGGUGGCUCUUGGGUCGUCGUCGAUCCGACCAUCAACCCGCAAUUCAUGGAAAUGUAUGCCGAUGAGGAUUCGCGCGGUGGUGUCCUUGAGCCGGAGGGCAUCGUCGGCAUCAAAUACCGCAAGGACCGCCAACUCGAGACCAUGGCCCGCCUCGACCCUACUUACGGCGCCCUCAAGCGCAAGCUGAACGACCCAUCCACGCCCAAAGACCAGCUCCAGAGCAUCAAGGCCGAGAUGACCGAACGCGAGAAGCAGCUAUUGCCCGUCUACACCCAGAUUGCGCUCCAGUUUGCCGAUCUGCACGACCGCUCCGGCCGCAUGCAGGCCAAGGGUGUCAUCCGAUCCUCGCUGCGCUGGCAGAAUGCCCGCCGCUUCUUCUACUGGCGCUUGCGCCGUAGACUCAACGAGGAGUACAUUCUCAAGAAGAUGGCAGCCGCCGCUGCUCCUGCUGCAGAGGAUGCCAAGCCAGACACCAUCACGCGCCGCAAGGGCCUGGACAUGCUCAAGGCGUGGUCCAACGUUGCCAAGUUCGAGCAGGACGACAUGAGCGUUGCGGUGUGGUACGAGGAGAACAGGAAGACCGUGCACGAGCGCGUUGAGCUGCUCAAGCGCGAGGGUAUUGCCAUGGAGGUGGCGCAGCUGAUGAGGAAGGAUCGCGAGGGCGGUCUGAAGGGAGUUGUGACUCUCCUGUCGACGCUGCCGACGACGGAGAAGGAGGAGGUGCUAAGGAUGCUGAGCAGGGCUUAGGCUUGCUCUGUUAGUCUGUAAAAUAUUUCUUUUCUCUUUCAGUCUGUCCGAUGACUUUCACUAAUGUGGGCAUUUGUGGGUGUUUGUCUGGGCUUUUACAUAUUCAUUGCGAUGCUGCUUUGGGGCGGAGUUGGGUAUAGUGUUGCUUUUGCCUCGUUGCGCAUCUGUUGAUGUUCGCGGCUUUUUCUUUGCUCAAAAGAAAGGGAUGUUCUUAUUUUAUUCUUCAG